GGUUUCUGGCAAAGCGGCUAAGAGGGGUGCACAUAAGUUCGUUAUCGCACCGAAGGUCGUGUCCGUAACCACGGGUGGAGGUAUAUUGUUUUGGGCAAAAAUGAUGUCCAUAGCCGCUCGUUCCGGGGCUCUUUCCCCGUACCUGCAGGCAACAAAACACACAACUAAAAGCCUGGUGUUCCCUGGAGCAAAGGAGUUAUUGCCUGCUGCUGGUAAGGCCGUGGACGGACGUGUGGCCACUCCUGGAGGAAUCCGCCUUGCCCACACAGAUAUCAAGGUUCCUGACUUUACAGACUAUCGUCGGCCUGAAGUCAUCAACCCGAACAAGUCCUCCCAGGGGAGCAGUGAGGGGAGAAGGUUGUUCUCUUACAUUGUCACAGGAGCCACCACUGUGGUUGGUGUUUAUGCAGCGAAGACAGUGGUCACCCAGUUUGUCUCCUCGAUGAGUGCAUCAGCAGAUGUCCUGGCCUUAUCCAAGAUUGAGAUCAAGCUCAGUGACAUCCCUGAAGGCAAAAAUAUGACCUUCAAGUGGAGAGGGAAGCCCCUGUUUGUCCGUCACCGCACAGAGAAAGAAAUCGCCUCGGAGGAGUCUGUGAAUAUUGCGGAGCUACGUGACCCCCAACAUGACAAGGAUAGAGUGAUUAACCCCAGCUGGGUCAUCGUCCUUGGUGUGUGCACCCAUCUGGGUUGUGUGCCCAUCGCUAACGCCGGAGACUUUGGAGGCUACUACUGUCCUUGCCAUGGCUCCCACUAUGAUGCCUCAGGAAGAAUAAGAAAGGGACCUGCUCCUCUGAACCUGGAGGUUCCCUACUAUGAGUUCCCUGAUGAUGACACAGUUGUGGUGGGAUAAAUACUGAAGCUCUCUCCCGGUUUCUUUCUGUAAUAUGUAUUUUUAGAUGGCUUCGUUUGAGAGUUGGAAGUGGUAUAAAAUGUGUUUAUUUAUUAAUAAAUAUAUCUCCACCUCCA